AUGGGUCGUCGAUCUGGUGGUGGUGGUGGUGGUAUGCGUUCAUCGUCUCCUUCUCGAGCUCCUCGGCCACCUCCGCCUCGUGCUGUUGCACAUCCACCUCCAGCUGCACCAGCUCCAGUCAUGGCUCCUCAAGGUCGUCAACCUGGUCUAUUCGGACAAAUGGCUGCCACUGCUGGUGGUGUUGCCAUUGGUUCAGCCGUUGGACAUACAAUUGGUGCAGCAAUGACUGGUGGAUUUCGUGGAAAUGAUCAAGCAGCUGCUUCCCAAGAAGCAAAUACUCAACAGUCGAAUCAAACACCAAAUGAACGAUUUACUUCUGAGCGAUGUAAUUUAUAUCAAAAAGAAUUCAUGAAAUGUCUUGACCAAGCUAGUGGUGAUUCAACUCAAUGUCAAGGCUUUUGGGAAGCAUUAAAAGAAUGCCAACGUUUUCAAGGCUCUAACGCAUCACUCUAA